AUGGACACCCCCAACACACGAUCAAGGAGGAAACGUGAGCUCGAGAACAGUUCACAGGAGGAUGGACUGAGGGUAGCUUGGGUACAUGAUUCUCAACUUAGGAAAGCGGUCUUGCAAGCCACUGAGGACGACGUUAUAACACCCCCAACACCCACACAGAGACCUCGACCAAUCUCCUCCCUCCUCAAGUCAUCAUCUUCAUCAUCCACAUCCGAGCCAUCCAAAUCAAAUAAACCACCACGUAAAAGACCAUGUAGGGGUCAUCGAUCUCUACCUACCUCGAUCCAAAAACCAACAUCAAGCUCUACCGACACUGGGGAAAGUUCAGAAUCAGGAUCGAAUAGUCUACCAAACAUGUCGAUCUUAUCCACUUCGACCAGUACGAAUUCAGAGAAGACGAGGUUGGAUUAUCUCUUAGAUAGGUUUUCCUUAUUAUCUUCGCCUAUGGAUGAAGAUAAGACAAACAACAGUAGUAAGAAAAGUUAUAUGGAUGUGGAAACUCCAAGUAGGAAUUUACGUCCUAGAAAUACGACAAGUAUGAAGGAUAGACCGAUGAUGAUUACUUCUACACCUUUGAAGAACAGGAAUGGAAGUACCUUUACCUCUAAUUCUACCUCGUAUGUCGGUUCCCAUAUUAAGGCAAAUCCCAAAUCAAAGUCAAAUCCGAAUAUCGAGCCUGUACCUAUCCCACUUAUCCACCAGUCGAAGACUGUCGAUAUACCACAUCCUAAUGUGCCCCAGGAUAAAGGAAAAGGGAUAUUUACUUCCAAACCACCUUCCACUACUACUCUUACUACCCAUCGUAAUCCACUCUCACCCGUCAAAGGAACAGCACCCCGUAUAGGUCUAGGAUCUCAACACAAGCCGAAAUCGACAAACCCAAGUACUACCACUACGAUAACUUCCAAUAGGACUGGAGGAUGGACUAGAACGAAUAGCGGUAAAGCAUUCAGAACACCAUUUUUGGAUCCCACUUCCACUGGAGGUGUUCGAUCAUCGCCUAGGAAACAAGUUUCAAAUGGUGUCGGACCAGUAAGAGGUCCAUCGGUGAUACCUACUACUUUUACCAAGUCAAAUCAUACGUUGCCACGACCGAACAUAUCGGUCAGUCCAAACAAACGUCCACGUCCAGUGAAUCCCCGUUCAAAUACCUCUACCUCAGAGUCGUCCUCACUCAAAUCAUCUUUACCGCCCACUCCACCUGUCUUACCGGUCGAAGUGGGAUUCAAGAAUUACGAUGUAGGAGAGAACGAUCCUGAAGAUACCAGUUUCGAUUCGUUUGAUGGGAUUUUUGCGGGGGGUGGGGAGGAGAUUGAAAGGUUGUUAAGGAGUGUUGAUGGGUCUGCGUGA